AUGCAAUCAGGCGGAGUAAGCUUCGAUGAAGUAUUUUUAAAUUAGGCUUUUAAAUUAGUAGGUGGACAUGGGAGCUUUCAAUUGAAAUCCAGCAUUGGGCUGUGGUUGAGCCUACUGCAUGGCUUUAUUUUACUUUUUGGCUUUCAGUAUAGCUUGACUAUCCCUAGUCUUAUAUGCAAAGAUAAAGCAGGUCUAGAAACUUGUAGCGAAGAAACAGCGUGCAGAGUUGGAGAGUUCAUUUUUGAUCCUCACGAAAUAAAAAGUGCGGUUUCCGAGUGGUAAUUAUAAAUCAGGACACUCUUAUGCGGCAUGAAGUAUCAUAUCUUUAUUCUGAUUGCAAUUGUUGGCGUAGGAUUCUCUAUAGGAAUUUUAGUAUUAGGAAAACUUGCUGAGAUAUACGGAAGAAAAAAAACUUUAUUUUUUGGGAUCAUUCACUCUGCUUCUACUGGAUUUGUGCUCAUUUGCUCUCGAACACCUUGAUUCUUUUCGACAAUUAUGUUUUUUUGUAGCUUAUCGCUUCCUGCUUCAAUUAUUAUCCCUUAUGUGUGGAUUUUUGAACUCUCAGACAAGCCUUUUAGACCGAUUUUUUAUUUACUAAAUACAGUUUUAGUGACUAUGGCAUUUGCUAUUGCUUAUGCAGCCUCUAAUUAUUUUUUGUCCUGAAGAGCUUCGGUUAUAGCGUCAGUUAUUUUUGGGCUAAUCGCAAUUUUCCCAUUACGGUCCUUGAAAGAGUCACCGAGAUUUUUAGCCUGCAACCUUGGAAGAUAUUCUAAAGCAAGGAAAAUACUGAAAUUUAUAUCAGAAGUUAACAAAAAAGAAAGCUUUCAGGAAAAAUUAGAAGGGGAAGCUUUUAAUGAGUACGAAAAAGCAGGCAAAAUAUCGACUCAUGUGUCAGACCAGCCAUCUGGAGCAACUGCUGUGCUGGCUCUAGACGAGAGCACAUUAGAAAAAGAAAAACAUGAGGAUAAAGGUAUUCACAUAGGAUUUAAGUAUGUGUUUUUUUCAAGAAGACUUACUCUCAUCCUCUGUGAGCGAACAAAACAUUGGAAAAACCCUAUUUUUUGCCUAAAAACCCACCCUCCGCAAUCGAACAAAAAUUUUUUAUGAAAAAAAAAAAUGAUAUAUAAGUGAUAAUUUACUAUAAUGAAAUCUAUAGCUAAUUCUGUUUUAAUUUUAAACAGCUUGCAUUUUAAAACAUAAAUUUAAUAAUUAAAUUUAAUUUUUACUCUUAAAUUUACAAAUUAGAAUUUUUUAAAAAAAGAAAAUUAAUCCCCACCGUGAGCUUACAAAAUGUUUUUUUGUUUGCUCACAGAGGGGGGAAAGUUAGGAAAAUGCUAUUCAGAUGCAGUUUUUCAUGAUUAAUUGUCGGUUUUGAAUUAGGAAUCAUUGUUAGCCAAUCCAAGUAUUUCAUAAAUUAUUCUUUAUUUGAGCUUACAAUCAGCUGCAUCUUGUGCCUCUUAUUAUCCACACAAGCUGCUAUAUUUGGCAACAAAAUUGGAACUCGACGAUCUACGAUGAUUGCAUCUGCGUUUUUCAUCAUAGCAUGUGCAAUUCCUUUAUUGACUUACAUUGACUCCCCUAUGCUAAAAACAGUAUCAAGCUAUGGACUUAUAAUAACUUUUCCUGCAAUUUUCAGUGUAAUUACAUUCUUGUUCAUUAUAACUCAAGAAUCAUUCCCAACAUACGGUAGAUGUUUGGCUUCAUUUCUUUGCUUAUUUUUUAUGAUUUGCUCUUUUGCAAUAGGAUAUUCUAUUCAAUACUUGCAUAUUCCUCAAAAAAUAAUUCUUUGGGCGGUAAGUCUUGUUUUAAUCCCUUCAAUUUGUCUUUACCACCCAGACUCUCUAUAUGAAGAAAACUUUGACGGAGCUGCUGACACAUCAAGUAUCGAAAUAACUGUCCAAGCCACAAAGAAACCGCCAAGCCAUCAGAAAUCAAACUCAUCAAGCUUCCAAGUAAUGAGUGAAGAGCUAAGCGCUUAA